CCUUCUGAGCUGCGGCCCCUCUUUCUUUCCUUUGACUCUGGGUUAGGUCUUUGUGGCGCUCAGAUUGUUGUUGUUGUUGUCCAAUUUAAACUACGCAGCGGGUCUUGGGGGAGUCGGUUUGUUGACAUCGUGCAGGGAGCGGAUGCCCGUCUUUGGUCCUCGCCCUCGUCUCCACCGCUGAACCUGGCCUGCGGUUGGUGUUGUGCUGUGGGAUUCGUCCGGCAGAAAAUUGGAAGGCUGUUUCUUGCUUAAUUAACUGAUUUAUAAGUACUGUAACUUCUGCUUCUUCGAGUCAGUGCCGGUUGUGUCAGCUUCCAUUUUUCUCAUCCACGCCACCAGCAAUCUGGUCCCAAGUGAUCGGCUGAAUACCGGAGUCUGAGGAUCCUGAGGACCUGAGCUGAAUUCACCUGCUGCUGCCCCACCCCUCAAGAAAAGCUGUAGCUGGACAGAGGCUUUGGACCAUGGGGAGCAGCAAGAGCAAACCUAAGGACCCCAGCCAGAGGAGACGCAGCCUGGAAUCUGCAGAAAAUACCCACCAUGGAGGUUACUCUUCCUCGCAGACACCCAGCAAGACCACUGUUCCCGAUCCCCACCGCACCCCCAACCGCUCCUUUGGCAGCAUGGCUGCUGAAUCCAAGCUCUUUGGAGGCUUCAAUACAUCCGAUACAGUCACGUCCCCCCAGCGCUCAGGGGCUUUAGCGGGUGGAGUCACCACCUUUGUAGCCCUCUACGACUAUGAGUCACGGACGGAAACAGACCUGUCCUUCAAAAAAGGGGAACGCCUCCAAAUUGUCAAUAAUACGAGAAAAGUGGAUGUCAGGGAAGGAGACUGGUGGCUGGCUCAUUCUCUCACAACAGGACAGACUGGCUACAUCCCCAGCAACUACGUUGCUCCCUCAGACUCCAUCCAGGCUGAAGAGUGGUAUUUCGGCAAGAUUACUCGCCGGGAGUCCGAACGGCUCCUCCUCAACCCUGAGAAUCCCCGAGGAACUUUUCUGGUCAGGGAGAGUGAAACCACCAAAGGUGCCUAUUGCCUCUCGGUCUCGGACUUUGACAAUGCCAAGGGGCUCAAUGUGAAGCACUACAAGAUCCGCAAGCUGGACAGUGGCGGCUUCUAUAUCACUUCCCGUACGCAGUUCAACAGCCUGCAGCAGUUGGUGACCUAUUAUUCCAAACAUGCUGAUGGCCUGUGUCACCGUCUCACCAAUGUUUGCCCAACUUCCAAGCCCCAGACACAAGGACUGGCUAAAGAUGCUUGGGAAAUUCCCCGGGAAUCCCUGCGACUAGAGGUGAAGUUGGGGCAAGGAUGCUUUGGAGAAGUGUGGAUGGGGACUUGGAACGGCACCACCAGAGUGGCUAUAAAGACUCUGAAACCGGGGACCAUGUCUCCAGAGGCAUUUCUGCAGGAGGCCCAGGUCAUGAAGAAACUACGUCAUGAGAAACUGGUCCAGCUGUAUGCUGUGGUUUCAGAGGAGCCCAUUUACAUAGUAACUGAAUACAUGAGCAAAGGGAGCCUCCUGGAUUUCCUGAAGGGAGAGAUGGGCAAGUAUCUGCGGUUGCCCCAGCUGGUGGACAUGGCGGCUCAGAUUGCAUCUGGAAUGGCCUAUGUGGAGAGGAUGAACUACGUCCACCGGGAUCUCCGAGCUGCCAACAUCCUUGUAGGGGAGAACUUGGUGUGCAAGGUGGCUGACUUUGGCCUGGCGCGGCUGAUCGAAGACAAUGAAUACACUGCCAGGCAAGGUGCCAAGUUCCCCAUUAAGUGGACAGCCCCAGAAGCUGCUUUGUAUGGCAGGUUUACCAUUAAGUCAGAUGUCUGGUCCUUUGGAAUACUACUGACUGAGCUGACCACCAAGGGCAGAGUGCCAUACCCAGGGAUGGUUAACAGGGAAGUACUGGACCAGGUGGAACGUGGCUACCGAAUGCCGUGCCCUCCCGAGUGCCCCGAAUCCCUGCAUGAUCUGAUGUGCCAGUGCUGGAGGAAGGAUCCUGAGGAAAGACCCACCUUCGAGUACCUGCAGGCCUUCUUGGAGGACUACUUCACAUCAACAGAGCCCCAGUAUCAGCCAGGCGAGAACCUAUAGAUGUGGGGAUGGCUUCUGGUGCCAAAGACUGUCCACUCCUCCACAUGUGUCUGUGAGUGCGUGUGUCGCGAGACGCGCAGGAUCUCAAGAACUCCUCACAGAGUCUGCAGUUCUGGGGAGUUGCCCUUCUUCAGAAGUGGUGGGAUGGGGCCUUCCUGCAGCCUAUUGGAGUGGCUGUGGUGAUGGGUUUCCCUGUUUGCUAACUAAUGACUUCUGGUCUUUGUUUAACGAGGUGUUGCCAUUUGACCUUGAGAGGAGUCUAAAGGGAGAUGCCUGGAGGUUAGGAGAGGGGAAGGAACCCUUCCUGAAGAAAGCCACUAUGCUUGGGAGAAGCAUGGAGGGUGAGUGAAGAUGCAGGAUCAGCCUCCCUUUGAGGUACUUGGCCUUCAAGAGUCUUCCUCCAAGUGACUCUGGAUUGCAGCUGAGGAGAUGAAGUGGACCCCAUGGAGCAGUGACCUGGACUCCCUGUACACUGCAUCCUGGAGCAGGUGGCUCUUCAGGGACUGGGCAGUAGUGCUACAGAAUGACACCUUCCAGUUGGGGCCUCUCUGUCUCUCUCUGUCAGUCUCUC